CAAGCGGGAUCGAGUUCACGCCGAGUGAAGUGCGCCAGUUUGUGUCAGACCACGGAGCACGGAAGAUGCUCCCGGUAGUUCACGAAACGGGUGGACCGCCCUUAUCGCGCCGGCGGCGUCGCGCGACCAUUUUUCACGGUGUCGUGUCAAAUACGCUUGAAAACAGCAGGAACGUUGGAAGCUCACGUAUCACCAGGCCGUUAUCUACGUUCACCGUCAUGACCACGGCGUUCAGCAUACUGAUGGUCCUGCUGCCCGCUGCCUACCCGGACAAGAUCUCCAUCGGUGCAAUCUUCGAGCAGGGCACCGACGAAGUGCAGUCAGCCUUCAAAUUUGCGAUGGUCAACCACAACCAGAAUACCACAACUCGCAAGUUUGAGUUGCUGGCUUUCGUAGAUGUAAUUAAUACUGCGGAUGCCUAUAAGCUAUCCCGCCUCAUCUGCAGUCAAUUCAGCAGAGGGGUGUUCUCCAUGUUGGGUGCAGUGAGUCCAGAUUCGUUCGACACCCUUCAUUCUUACAGCAACACGUUCCAGAUGCCUUUCGUCACGCCCUGGUUUCCCGAGAAGGUUCUGACACCGUCCUCCGGUCUCCUGGAUUUCGCCAUAAGUAUGCGCCCGGAUUAUCAUCGUGCCAUCAUCGACACGGUACGAUACUAUGGCUGGAAGAAGAUCAUCUACCUAUACGACUCCCACGAUGGAUUGCUCAGGCUGCAACAGAUUUACCAGGGUCUGAAACCAGGCAACGAGUCCUUUCAAGUGGAGACUGUUAAACGAAUACAGAACAUGUCCGAAGCGAUUGAUUUUCUCCGGAGCUUGGAAGAGCUCAAUCGGUGGAGCAACAAAUACGUAGUGUUGGACUGUCCUACGGACAUGGCGAAGGACAUCGUGGUGAGCCACGUGAGGGAUGUUGCCCUAGGGAAGAGAACGUAUCAUUAUUUAUUAAGUGGACUGAUAAUGGACGACAGAUGGGAAAGCGAGGUGAUCGAAUACGGAGCCAUAAAUAUCACUGGUUUUCGCAUCGUGGACGCUACACGACCCUACGUCAAAGAUUUCUUAGCCAGUUGGCAUCGACUUGACCCAGCAAAUUCUCAAGGAGCUGGUCGCGAAUCCAUUUCCGCACAAGCAGCGUUGAUGUAUGACGCUGUGUUUGUUCUGGUCGAGGCGUUCAACAAGUUUCUGAGAAAAAAGCCGGACAGAAGUAACGUGAGGAGAACUGGGAUACCGGGCAGUAAUCAGAUUACAAACGGUACCAGGGCUUUGGAUUGCAACAGUAGCCGUGGAUGGGUGACACCGUUCGAGUAUGGCGACAAAAUUUCCAGGUUACUGAGAAAGGUGGAAAUCGAGGGACUGACCGGUGAGAUACGCUUCAACGAUGAUGGUCGACGGCACAAUUACACCCUCCACGUCGUCGAGAUGACGGUCAACAGUGCCAUGGUCAAAGUGGCAGAAUGGACGGACGAGGCUGGGUUUCAAGCGAUCGCCGCGAAAUAUAUUCGACUUCGACCGCAUGCGGAAAUUGAGAAGAACAAGACUUAUAUUGUCACCACCAUCGUGGAAGAGCCAUACAUCAUGAAGAAAAAGUCGGAAAACGGAGAAGUACUCACUGGAAAUGAUAGCUACGAGGGUUAUUGCAAAGAUUUAGCUGAUCUUAUAGCUAAGAAAUUGGGAAUAACGUACGAGCUACGGAUCGUGAAAGAUGGUAAAUACGGCAUGGAAAACCCGGAUGUUCCCGGCGGUUGGGACGGGAUGGUCGGCGAGCUGAUACGCAAAGAAGCGGAUAUUGCAAUUGCCCCAAUGACAAUCACGUCUGAACGCGAACGAGUGAUAGACUUUAGCAAACCGUUCAUGUCUCUGGGUAUCAGUAUCAUGAUAAAGAAACCUAUUAAACAAAAGCCUGGUGUGUUCAGCUUCCUAAACCCUUUGAGCAAAGAAAUUUGGGUGUGUGUCAUCUUUUCCUACAUCGGCGUGUCCAUCGUUCUAUUUACCGUGUCCAGAUUCUCGCCUUACGAGUGGAGGGUGUUAACACUGAGCAGUGGAGGGGAUCCUACAAUGGGUACAAGGAACGACCCCACGUUACAACACCCCCAUGGAUCCCAGGGAUCACCCCAUAUGCCAACUUCGAGCAUGGCGAACGAUUUCAGCAUCAUAAACAGCCUAUGGUUCGCAUUAGCUGCGUUCAUGCAGCAAGGUUGCGACAUAUCUCCCAGAUCAAUAUCUGGACGAAUCGUGGGCAGUGUUUGGUGGUUCUUCACCUUGAUCCUAAUCUCAUCUUACACAGCCAAUUUGGCCGCGUUUCUAACAGUCGAAAGAAUGGUCGCACCGAUUAAUUCACCGGAAGAUCUAGCCUCCCAAACGGAAGUACAAUAUGGGACACUCUCGCACGGAUCUACUUGGGAUUUCUUUCGCAAAUCGCAGAUCAAUCUGUACAGCAAAAUGUGGGAAUUCAUGAACUCACGAAAACAUGUAUUUGUUAAAACGUACGACGAAGGUAUACGAAGGGUCAGAACGAGCAAAGGCAAAUAUGCCCUUUUGAUAGAGAGUCCAAAGAAUGAGUACAUUAACGAAAGAGAACCUUGUGAUACGAUGAAAGUUGGAAGGAACCUUGAUGCUAAGGGUUUUGGCGUCGCGACGCCACUUGGAUCUCCGCUCAGAGACCCUAUAAAUUUAGCAGUGUUAUCGUUGAAAGAAAACGGGGAAUUAACGAAACUGGUGAACCGAUGGUGGUACGACAGAACAGAAUGCAGACACGGUGAUAAACAGGACGCGUCCAGAAACGAAUUAUCCCUGAGCAACGUGGCAGGGAUAUUUUAUAUUCUUAUCGGUGGUCUGCUUUUAGCGUUAGCAGUCGCUCUAUUGGAGUUCUGUUAUAAAUCGCAUACUGAAGCUACCAGAGCGAAGAUUCCAUUGUCGGACGCGAUGAAAGCGAAAGCCCGAUUGACGAUCGGUGGUGGUCGAGAUUUCGACAAUGGCCGGUGGUACGGACUGCAGAGUUAGACGGAGGAUGCAUGCGCCUUUCCCGGGACCAUAAUACUACGCUCCGGCAAACGCGAUUGGCAAUACCGAGGGCGACCAGGUACACAGCAAUACGCAUACCCAGGUGUAAGUUACCUGGAGAGCCCGAGUGAGUCGCCCGCCAUCUCCUUGCCCACACCGCCACCGCCGCCAGUGAUAGCGGUUCUGCCUCCGCCACCGCCACCACCGCCCAGAAGACCGGCUCGACGAAGCGUCACCUUCGCGGAAUCGCCGCCCAAGAGCCCGAAGAAGUCCAGGUUCUCGCCGUUCCAGCGUCGACCUAGCAUCACCUUGCUAGACAUCGCGGUCCCCUGGACGCCGGCCUCCCCUCGUGUCUGGAGCGGUCGUAUCGGCGAUUACAAACCAGAGUACAUCAUCUAAUGUCGACAUGAGAUUCGAAAAAAAAAAGCGACGAUGAUUGACGAUAACCUUGACCCACAACCCUCUUUCGCAACGCGUUUACCGAUAGUCGAAUUCUCGCGUCGCUUGCUCCCUCGAUGAUUUAUAAAGUCGGUUCCUUGGUGUAAUCAGAGAUCGGUAUAACGAGGAAUAAUUCUAACUUCGUUUUAUACAAAGACUCUGACGAUGAAUACGAUCGUUCGAACGAUACACCAUAGGGAUUCGUUGUUUUUCUACUUCAAGUUCCUCCACGCUCGACGCGUACUGCCAUAUCGUGGAAGAUCGAGCAACGAUCAAUCGCAGGAAUCCUUUCGGAACGAUCGAUUCAUCGGCAAGGAGCCCGACCAGGAAGAAUAAACCGUUUGAUAAACGCUGAGAAGGUCGAGGUUAUACGGCUGAGGAACCAUGAUAGAGUCCUAGCUGUUGGCCAUGUUUGUACAUUGUAUAUAUAUAUAUGUUGUAAUCGAACAGCGAGACGGUUCGAGGAGAGCAGGGUCGCGGGAUUCGAUAGUAGAAUUCGAUGGUCCUGGGGUGGGUGCAUGUGCAAAUCGUGAAACUCGAACUGAAUAUACUCAACUGCCAUAUUCCUUGUGGGGGAACGAGAGACCCUGACACACGCGAAACACUGAACACCUUUAACGUACACUCGCGCACAUUAUGUAUAUGUAAGUAUCGUAAAGAAUACGCGUCGACCGUGAUGAAACUGCCAGGUGAAUAAUAAAUGACUAGAAGAUCCCUGAAUCGUGGAAGUUUCAUGGAACCGAGGUGCCGAUAAAUGGACAGAUUGGGUCGACCGUGGGGACACUACUAUUAUUAUUAUUAUCAUCAUUAUUCUGAGUAUCAUUACCACGUUUUUAUUGUCGAUUAUAGCUGAUUACGGAUCACUGUGUACACCGACCGGUGCAAACUAUUUUGUGGAUCUCGCGAGGAUGGAUUUAUUCGUUGCGCAGGAUGCACCACUACUGAGACGCGGAUACGUUUUUUAACUGACAAUGGUGUAUAAUUGCGUGAGUAAUGCGUGUGUGAUAAAUGUACGAUGGGGUGAAAGUCGUAGCGGUAUUGGUUCGUAAUUAUACGAUCAUUUAGCAAAGACAAAAUUUAAUUAAUAAUCUUUGGAUUUCAAAGCUCUCUAAUGAACUAUAUUAUUUUUAUGCCAUGCAUAUUUUUAAAGAGGGAUUAAAACAUCGUAUUUUUAAUUCUAAUAUCAAAUAUUAGAAUCCUAUCUAUUAUAAAAAAAAUUAAUUUAGAUAUGUUCCAUUAGUUUUGCUGCCUGUUGGCUUAUACGUUGACUUAUACUACUUACUAGUUAUCUAAAAACACAAGUCAAUACUUUAACAAAAUUUGACUCGUACCCUUACGACUUUUAUCUCUCCGUAUAUAAUAUAAAUAUAAAUAAGAAAUAUAAAUAUAUAUAUAUACAAAUAUAAAUAUAAAUAUACAUACGUAUAGACGUUUAUUGAGAGACGUGAAUGAACGAGAUACGAGCGUGUUACGAGCGUGUAUGGCACAUAGGUUAACGAUAUCGUGUAAACGCAUUAUUAAGUACCUAUAAAUGCCAGUUGACGGUGAUCCGAGCCGAGGGAACGUCGUUUCUUCUUUUCGUCGAAUGACACAAUUUUUACACUAGCUAUGAACAGACCUCCUUGCGUCGUCGGAUCGCCGUGAUCUGGCUCGAGGAACAACGUUUACGGCCAAGGUUUUUCGUGCCAAAAGACGAUAUCUCUCCCGACAAUCUAACAUCCGGUGCUACGAGCUACUCCAAAGAAAUAAGGAACUUUUUAACGAUACGCUGAAAGGUGGGGAGUUAGGUUGGGUCUUAAUGCAAGAUCAGGGAGGGAACUUGAAAGGUCUGAAGGUUUCUUCAGAAUAUGAAAAUUCAACUAUGUUACAUCGAGCUAUGUCAAAAUUAGAAAUCAAAAUAUAAACUUCUCGACUCGCAUCAAAAUCAAAAAUCAAAAGUAUAGACAAGGCAAAUGUUUUCUUCGAGCCUGGAAAAUACUCUUUUAAGAGCUUGGCUAUUAAUUGUUCCUACUUUUUUAUUUUUGUUACAUGAAAAAAGGAAUUUUUGAAAAGAAGAAUAAUUUAUAUUUUGAAAUAAUAAUUUGAAAGGAGUAACUGCAAUCAAAAUUAAAAAUAAUAAACAUCCCAGAGUAAUCGUAGCACCGUACAAAAAGGGGGAGAGAAAUCGCAGAGCCAAAUUGCAUGUUGCGACGUAUAAAACUAUUUUUCUGGAGCCCAAGUUAGCUAGCCGUUCGUAUUUGUUUAAACAAAUCAAACUGCCACAGAGCCAAUUAAUCUACGAAGAAAUCUUCUUGUGUGUUCAGUUCCAUGCAACCCUUUCGAAACUUCCACUGAAAGACGAUCGAGCCGAGCGAGUUUUAUACGUGGCAGCGACGAGACCGAUCUACCUAUCAUAUCGCCAGAUUUUCUUAUUACGACUAAUUGUUAUUUAUCACCGGUUAAUAACGAUAGACGAUGCGUAUAUCGGGUUUGAAAGCCGUUCGAUGGUAACGCGAUACAUUUCGAGAACGGUUCGGAAGAGAAACUCGGGAGAAACUCGUCUUGAUCGAAGGCCGCACGUGUUCUCACGAUCACUUUAAUUCGUUCGAAAUUGUACCAGGUAUUCAGAAAAAUAAUGAUCAUGACUUACUCAGGUAAUUCUGCAUAAUAUAUUGAUUGAAUAUUUGCAAAAUAAACCCAGUCAGAAAAUUUCAAUUUAAUAUUCCUUUAAUUGAUUGCGAUCGACAUUAAAAAUUUAAUAUAAUCGAGUAAGAAAAUUAAAAAUAGCAUUAAUAUCAUAUUAAUGAUGCAAACGAGAAAAUGUGAAAUUUAAAUUAAAAAAUAGAAGGAUCAUGGUACUUCCAUCGUGUAAAAGUGUUUAUUAAAUUUAUCAAGCUUUGCUUCGAAAAAUAAACCUACCUCACAAAAGGGAAUCAUCUUUACAAAAUCAUGAUCAUUAUUUCGAUGACACCCUGUACGAUUGCAGCAAUCGCUACGCGGAAGCGUAAACAAUUCAAAGGAGGAAAUGAUUCGAGAGAAGAUGUACAGAUAACAAAGUUGAUUCGAGUGGCAUGAAAUUGAAAAAUCAUGAUGAUGUUUUUGUUCCCCCCCAAUCCCAUCGUUGUCGUUGACAUACCCGUGUUGCUGUUCGUCGUAACUUUUUCUAUACCCUCGAAGUUUAAGAAAGAAACUAGUGUCUGACAAGUAAACGAUGUAACAGUCCCCGCAUACCGUCCCAAAGUGGUUACGAGUGCAGCUCGAUUUUUACUUCGUUCACUUUGUAUUCUUUUUAUUCUACGUGAAGCACGAAAUUCAUGUUCUGUACUGGAUAACUGUACAUACUUCGCAAGAACAUAAGAUAAUUUUGAUUUAUGAAUGGUAGAAAAAUUAAUAGUACUAUGUCUGAGUAAAUAAAUUCUGAUCGAAUGAGUUGCAUGUUAAUAUUCAGGGAAACUCAGUGGAAGAGAUCAAUGCAUAAUCAGACAAAGAAUAAUAGAAUAUAUUAUAUUAUUUCUUCUUUAUGAGAAAUAAUUAAAAAGCGAAGAAAAAACUAAUGAACUUUUCGUUAAUUUGAAAAGGAAUCAAUUUAAUCAGUGGAAUAAGUCAACGUAUAAUCAGCCAAGGUAUAAUGCAAUACCUUACACAAUUUCUUUGUUAUAUUUAUAAAUUCAAAGGAAAUUAAUUUAAAUUAAUUUAUAUUCGAUAGAAAAAUUAACGUCGAGUGUUUAGAGGGAUCCAGUAGAACAGCUCCGUAUUUACUCCGACAUUUAAGAUAAUUCAUCUUUUUUGUAAUUAAAACACUUAAAAACCAAAGCACAAAAUAUCCGACAGAAUUUUGUAUUGUUAUAUUCUAUGCUGGAUGACUGUAAAUAUUUCUCCUUUUACAAAAUGAAAACCAUAGCUGAUUUUAUUACAUAAAAUUAAUAAAUUUUUCAAUUUUAUACACGAUCAAAGAAAAUCGAUCUUCUAGAAACAUUCGACCACUCAUCAAUGAAUCAUUUCAUAUUCAGACAAGCUUUAGCUUUCGAUCAGAGUAUUUACAGAGAUCCAGUAGAAUAACCAGAUAUCUGGUCAGACGAACCGUGAAUAAAAAAGCGCGAAGAGACUAAAAGCGUAAAAUGAAACUCCAAACGAAGCAUGAUUACCCAUAAACGAGCAUACUCGUCAAAUAUGAUAAAUAGAUUGCGGAUGUUCAUGCAAAUAGAUAUUUUUAUACAAUAUCGUCUUUUUUACACCGAUUAAAAGCAUCGUUUCAUUCUUUCAAUUUAAAACAUUCUAUGUAUUCUAAAUGUGUUCUGCAAUUUUUAUAAUGUAAGUUUGUUAUUUUAAAUUGUAAUAACAAUAGGAAAAAAAAUUACAACACUUACGAUCAAAUCAGGCUUUCCUAGGAGAAAUGAUAAUACAAGGGAAGCAGAGAUGUUCAAAAUCCUAAUUUUGACGAUAUUAAUAUUAAAAGUAAUUCUGACAGAAAAUGGUAUAAUACAACUGAGAAAUAUGAAUAAUAAAUAAAUAUUAAUUCAAUAUUUUGGUGGUCCACCACAGACCUAUAUGUAUGGGGCCCUCUCCCACACAUUGCCAUUCUCCCCCUGGUCACCUAUAGGGUGGGGUGGGAGCCUGGAAAACUUACAGAGGGGGGGCAUCGACAUUUUUCCUAGAGAAAUCUGAUUUGAUCGCAAAUGAACAAUCUUAUAACAAAUUAUAAUAAAAUUAUCAAGUAAUUUGUUAUAUAGUAUAAACGUGAUUUUAGAUAUAAUAUAGACUUUGUGUGUGUUUUGCAUGCUUUCAUGCAUAAAAAAUGCAUAAAUAUUCGCAGUCUAAAAAUGAAGGACGAAAUAAAAGAAGUAAAAUAGCGUCUUCCAGUUUGCGCUUUCACUCAUCGCUGCAUAAGAAUUACGCUCGUACCUUCGAUUCGAGUAUCCUUUGUCAUCUCCCGUACCAUUCCGUGGCAUGAUACGAUCGAUUCCCUUGUAAACCGUUGUAUACCAAUCAAAUUUGUCACAAUACAGGAUCGUUUAUUUAAAUGUAA